AGAAGCAUUCUAAUAAGGAAACAUUGACUUUUUGUUGUGGCUAUUUGCUCCCUUGUUUUGGGAGGUGUGACGAUAGUUUUGUGAUGUUUCGGCAACACGAAUGGACAGGCUAAUAAUGGACAGCCUCACAGGCUAACUGGAAUAACGUUUGGUACACUCUAAUCUAUGCAUAGAAUAUCAAGUGGAUGGAUUGCCGUUGGGCGCUUUAUAUUUCUUUGCAAGAUUUCACGAUGUAUGUCGAAACUAUGAAAUUUGAGAGUCAAUUAUUUACAGAUUUCACGAAAUUUGAGAAGAAAAACUCGUUUGAUUUUUGACCCAUAUAUUAGCUUGUAUCCGUGACACAAAUCGGGCCCAUCCAGAGGUCCCACAGGCUUAGUUCGAGUCUCUCAGAAAUCGAUCGUUAUUUUCUUUUUUUUCCUUUUUUCCCCCUUUUUGUUAUCUUUUUUAUGGCGAAUGCACCUUUUCAGAAUCUGUCCCUUGAAUCUGUCCCUUAUUCUGCAUUUGUUUUGCGUGAGUGAAGCACAAGGGACUUCCGGUCACAUUCCUUCUUUUGUGAAUCUUUUCCGCUGAUAAAUAGAAAAAAAAUGCUUUUUCUCAUUAUAUUUACCUAGCAGGUUUCGUUAAGGUUUUUCUGAAAGACACCUGUACUCCAAUGCUCUGGUCUUGGCGCCUGUUUUCCAGGUAGUUAACGCAUGGGUCGGCGAUCCCUAUUAUCGUGACUAAAUAACGAAUACACUGAUAGCUGGUGGUAACGUGCCAGUACAACUGUUUCCUUUCACUAUAUCAAGCCUCCAAUUGCUCCAAUAACUAACGACUCUAUUAACAAAGAUUGACAUUCUUAUUCACGUGUAAGGACACGCUCAAAUGGCAAGGAUCGUUCUGAUUUGCAACUCGUUUAUUGGUUCUCAUCAAGUACAGUAAUUACAAACUAUGAAUACUUUGUUCGGCACAAGCUGAGGUUGAGGAAGUUCGACCAGAAAGACUUUCCGCAGCCGGAGUGUUUGUGUAGUAGUAAUUCCAAACUAUAGCACUUUGUCUGUACUUUCUAAUACGAUCUAGACUACAGCCUCAGUCUUGGCCCGCAACUGCUAUGAAGUCAGUCCUUUUAUAAUUCUAAACCUAAUCCGAUAUCCUGUUGCCAUCAAAUUCUAGUCAAAACUAAGACGAUGGUGGUCCUUAACAUAGGAGGUUGUACCACACAUGAAACUACAUGUAACUAUACAUUAACCAAAACAGUCUAGGACUCUUAUAUAAACAUAUCGAAAGUACAAGGCUAUAAGAAAUUCAUCUAAAUUUUACGAAUAACAAAUCUUUCAAAUUCUGUUAUCUAACACACGUAUCAAAGCACAUGACUGCUGUCAGAUAGUAUUUGCUCAUUUGUAGUCGUACAAUCAUUGAUUGGCUUAGACACCAUUGUMGUUUGUUUGAGAACCGAAAAUUUUCGUUGCUAAGAAACGAGGCCACUUGUUGUUACAAAUUUGCGCACAAUUGCGUUAUGACUGAUCGUUAUUGAAACAGACUGUAGUAUGACUUUAUAACUACGAAACGUGAUGUAUUCUUCCGGUAUUAGAGGUAAACAUUUUAUGUUGUCGAAUGUCUUUUCUCCUAAAAAGCGCCAUAAAACAUUCCAAAAAAUUACUUGCGACAUUGUACAAUACAGCCAUAAUGAACAAUAGAAAAAGUUCCUCAUCACAGGCAAUUGAAACCUAAAAAAAUUCCCUGACUUUUUCUACAAGAGGAAUACACCACAUUGAGCAUUGCGUCAUAACACCGCCGCUGGAAUUUUCAAAUGAUAUUAUUUACAAACGUGUUGCGAAGAUUGGCUCAAUUCCACCGUGACCAUGAUGAUUCGACGUGGUGGAAACUAACGUUAAACUAGUAUGAGGUGCGUCGGUGUUUGUAAAGAAACAGUUGUGCAAUGGACGAAACGUUUGCUCAUGAAAAAAGAAAACAUCCCAGGGCCAACGCCCUCUGGCAGUGCAGGUUAUUCUGGUUCAAGGCUGAGUCAAGCGGAAUUACAAAGGAUUAAUCAAGGAAGAAUGUUUCUUGCUCAAAAACAAGUUGAAAAUACCAACACUGGCAUAGGUAGAAGUGAAACUUUAAAUAUGGGCUAUGUGCCGAGAAAUUACACUGACCCUUCUGGCAAUUACUGCGAUCCAAGAAGCCAAACAAUAUCAUCUUCAUUUACGCCUGUUUCUACGGUCUACCAGCCAACGCACAAUACUAUCGAUAACUACCACUCUUCAACAAUGGAACAACAUUCAGAAUUAAACAAUACCUUGCCAGUUUCACAAAGUACAAGUCAAGUGAGCACUAAGGAUGAUAAUCAAGAAAGAGUCAAUCUUCGACAUCAACUGCUUCUUGAAGUACUCGCUCAAAUAAACGUGAAUAAAAACAAAUCCAAUGUCGCUAAGCGAAAGCUCAACUCUGGUGGCGGUGUCGCAUUCGACUGGGGGAAGAUGCCUAGGAUUGGUUCUGUACACUCGGUUCAGGGUAUUGUUGAAUCCUCCCCAGCGCUGGGCAACCAAAUCACUGCAACAUCGCAAUUGUCAUCGUCCAAUGAGAAAGAAAGUACUCGUAAAGAUCAGAGUUUAUCUAAAGAGCAAAUUCCCAUAACGAGCAAAAUGAAUAUAUCAGAACUUGCUCAACUCAUUCUUAACGGUACGUUUGACGGGCUACUGUCCGCUUCUUCUGCAGGAAAUACAAAUGAACAAAGGAUAGCAAACAAACGAAUUGAUUUUAACCGUACACUAGAACCAACUCAGGCUACAAGGGCUCCUAUUGCAAACUCUAGUCAGUUGAAUCGUUUAGGAUCCGGUGUGCAGUCUCAUUCUAUGGCGAAUAAUAUAGGCACAACGACGUCAAUACAACCGACCGUGAAUAACAGAUUAUUGGACGAGAUUGCUAGUAAGAUCAUAGUGUCAUACAAUCAACAAAACCAAGAAGGAAAUGUGCCGUUUGGUCAGACAACUUAUAACAACUCCAAUCAGUUAUCUUCGUAUAGUCAACGAACGGGCACCAAUAAUAAUGCUUACGAAAGAAGUGUUGCCACAUCUCACUCGAGUUACAUGAAUAACGUGCAUAGAGGCAGUCAUGGCUACGCCAAUAGUGUCAGUCAAGGUUAUAUCACUGCAAUUAAUCAAUCUCCGCGCGCAGUGACCAGCGUCAAUCAAACUUCCGCGCGCUUUGUCAGUCAAGGUCAUGCAGCCUCUUUCAGAAGUCAACCAGUCCACCAAGGUAUACAAGCGGGAACUGCAUAUCAACGUCCUAUGAGUACUUUAAAUCAGACUCCUGUCAAUCAAAGUCACGUGGUAAUCAAUCAGGCUGCUUUCACCGCCCAUCGUGGCUCUGUGGCAACUGGCAAUCAGACUCCCUUGGGAACAAAUCAACAUCUAAAUGCUAUCAAUUAUGGUCGGGGAAGCGCUACUUUAGAUCGUGCUGCAAUGAAAAGAUUAAGAGAUGCUAACAUCGAGCGUUUCCAGCGAGAGCUAUUGAGAGUGAGAGAAACUGGACAAUCCUAUACGCAACAAUCAACAAGUAUCUCAUCUAGAUACCACAACGGCCAAGCAAGGACCGCUCGUGUAUUCCCGAUUAUGUCCUGUAUCCUGUCCCAAGAAACAGCAACACCUGAACCCGUAAAAAGUACAAACCCCAUUAACAACAAGAACUUGCUGGAAGCUCCGCAUGACUCGAUGGCGUGUACAGAUUGUUUACUGCUAGGGACCUGCCCAAUCAAGAAGUCAAAUGAAGCUAACAAAGCCAAGGAAUCGGCUAAAGAUGACGAAGACGAUGUUGUAAUAACCAAAGUUACAACCAAGGAUGAUGAGAGAGGUCCAAUUGAGCGUAUUGACGUGGAUGAUUGGAUCGAGAAUGCUUCGUCUUUGCCAGAACGUAUUACAAUUAAGCAGGAGCCCGUGGAGGAAACCUCCUUCUUGACGAAAGACCAAAGUGAGGUCAACACCGCUAAACAAACAGGAAGGCCUUGUACUCAACAGCAGACCUUCCAAGAAAUUGAACUCUCACCAAUUGACGAAACGCCGAUGUUUACAUUUCCUGUUAUGCCUCUGCCUGAACGUCUCGGUGAAGCGGGUAACAAUUCGAUAGACGAAAAUAAAUGUAAAGAUGACGCUCUUGAGAAUGAAAAAGGUAACGAAGUAGGCGUUGAACAUGUUAUCACCGCGCGAGAGGAGGGACAAUCUUUGAUUGAAGAAGAAACAACGAGGUCAGGCGGUAGUGGACCAUCUCCAGUAGAAUGUAAUGGCAACGAAACUUCAUCAUUGGAAAACGCAAUGAUCAGUGAACAUUCUCUUCAGGAAACUGCGGAUAGAAAGGAGGAAACUGAAACGCAGAUAAACGGACAUGUUCUUCGCUCGUAUGAUGACAUUUUACACGAAAUUUUGACUACACACGACAAAAUCACCCUAACCGACUUAGAAAGAAAGCUUGAAGAAAAUGGAAACAAGCUUAAAACCCAAACGGUUUCUUGGAUAAGAAAGAACAUGUUAAAAGCGCGUUUGUCCAUUUUGAAAAAGAUAGAGCGGAUUCGAAACAAGUACGAACAAGGGGUAAAAACUCGAAUGGAGAAACAGACCGCAAUUGUCGAGAGAAAAACAGUUGUGGAGGCCGAAAAGGAGGGAAAAAAUCGAACGAAUGAACAUACCGCAAUUACCGAGAGAAAAAUGGUUGUGGAAGAAGAAAAGGGCCUGGUGACCGAGAGUAAUGGUCAGGACCAACAUUUAAGUGAUAACGUACAAGGCGCGAAAUCGGCAAUGACUUGUGAACCGACUGAAUUAAAAAGUGAGCUACAAGUGUACGAGGAAGGAGAUCAAGACAAUGGAAAUCAAGAUGCAAACGUCAAGGACGAGCCAAUGACUCUGGAAGAGGCCAUUAAGAGCUUGGAUGACAUCCCACUUCCGAAUGAAGAAAAGGAAGCAAUAAAGAAACCAAGUUACAGCGCUAGCGAUGUGACCGAUUGCAGCAGUGAAAAUAACGAGAUUUUAAACAGUAACAUCCUUUCUGAGCACAGUAACAACGAAAGUAAAGAAAAUGAUGGAAUCGUCAGCGAAAUUAGCGAUAAAAAAUCAAACGAAGACAGCAACAAAGACAAUAAUGUCAAAAGUGUCACAAUGACAGAAGACAGCUUUCGUAACAUGGAUGACAUUGUAGGAAUUGGCUUUAUCUUUGUAGACCAGGGUAAGGUAGAAGAUACUGAAUCAAAGCGUGAAUAUCGUAAUGAUUCAUCACCUGGAAACCCCAAUGCCGUAUUGUCUCCUAUUUAUGAGCGUAAAGCUGUAUCAACAGACAAUGAGCAAACAGUAAACGGACAUGUUGGGAGUGAAUCAGAUGACGAAAAUGCACAAAUGCAACACAAGGAGAAAUAUGAACAGAAAAUUGGGAAACGCAAAAGCCUCCAUGAGAGCGAAUGUGAAAUUAAGAGAAAGAAAGAAAAAACAGAUGAGACAAGCUCGCGUAAUAUAUGGGAAAGAUUGAACUCAAAGUAUUCGUUUUCUUAGAAUAUACGUACAUAUCGAAUUCAUGGCCUUUAUUACGUGAAAUUGUAAUCGACGAAUAUUUUUAGAAAAAAAAAUUAAUAACUAUUCUUGUAUGGGAAAGGAAAUAAAAAUAUAUUUACA